AUGAUGAUGGUAUCCAACUUUACAAAGUUGUUGCUGAUCAGCUGCGUGCUGAUCGGAGCUGCCAUUAUGGUCGGUGCUCAAGUCAUCCAGCCAGUCGGCAUCCAGCUCACACCAUGGCCCGAGGUCGUCGGAACAGGCCCCGAGCACUCAUGUCUCGCCCUCAACCCACAUCUCUUCACGGUGAGCAGCAGCAUCAACAGCGCCAUCCUCAACGUCGCCAUCCAGCGCUACCAGUCCACCCUCUUCUUCCCCUUUGGCAACGGCACCCAGACGCCCUCGGGCGCCUGGUCGCUCGUGAUCACCGUCAACAGCGGUGACACCAGCCUCACGCUCGAGACCGACGAGUCCUACUCGCUCUCGGUCAAGACCACCAACACCAUCACUCUGACCGCCAACACCAUCUACGGUGCCAUCCGCGGUCUUGAGACCCUCUCGCAGACCAUCCAGUGGGUGCAGUCGGCCAACACCUACCAGAUCUGCUACCUGCCCAUCUCCAUCAUUGACGCCCCACGUUUCCCAUGGCGUGGAUUCCUCAUCGACACUGGACGUCACUACUACCCAGCUGACUUCAUCCUGCACAUCAUCGAUACACUCGGUUACAACAAGUUCAAUGUUCUCCAUUGGCACAUUGUUGACGCUCAAUCAUUUGGAGUUGAGUCCAACACCUUCCCCAACUUGACGAUGGGAGCUUUCAACCCAGUUGCCACUUACUCGCAUGCUGAGAUCCAGGAGAUCGUGGCCUACGCUCAGUCCUACGGUAUCAGAGUUGUCCCAGAGUUUGACGUGCCAGCCCAUGCCGACGCCAUCGGAACCGCCUUCCCACAUCUGAUUGCCAACUGCCCAACUUACGCCGACGACAUCAACAGUCUGUUGCUCAACAUUGCCAACGACUACACCUACACCUUCCUCAACGGCCUGUUCACCGAGAUGGCCAGCCUCUUCCCCGACCACUACUUCCACACUGGAGGUGAUGAGGUCCAUCUGGACUGCUGGAGCGAGGACCCCACCAUCCAGGCCUGGAUGAAGCAGCACAAAUACACCACCGUGCAGGCCGAGCAGUACUUUGAGACCCAGGUCACCGACAUGCUGCUGCAGGUCAACAAGACCAAGCUGGUCUGGAACGACCCAUGGACCAACGGCGUCAAGCUGGCCGAGGGCACCGUCAUCGAAGUCUGGGACAACUCCGAGAUCACCCAAAAGAUCAUCAACGAGGGCUUCCGCGCACUCGUCUCCUUCGCCUGGUACCUGGAUGAGCAGAUGCCCUCGGGCGUCUCUGUCGGCGAGUUUGAGAACACCUGGCAGACAUUCUACAAGGCCGACCCAUACAACGGCAUCAAGAAGAACCAGCAAAACAUCCUUGGAGGCGAGGCCUGCAUGUGGAGUGAGCAGGUCAACCAGAUGAACUUUGACACCCGUGUGUACCCACGUGCGCUCGCCGCCGCCGAGAGACUGUGGUCGCCAGCAUCCAUCACCGACAUCAACAACGCCCAGCCCAGAUUCGACCAACGUUCAUGCGACAUGAAGAUCAGAGGUGUUGCCAGCAGCCCACUCCAGCCAUCCUUCUGUCUGUUGCCACCAAACAACGGAAUGGUGACCAAGGCUCGCAUGGGACCAGUCCACAGACUCACCCAGUCUGAGAUCAAGGCCAUCCUCACUGCC